ACAGCAGGCCACCUUUAAACAGGAAGCUUGUAGAAAACAGGUCACCGCAGAUCGAACACAAUAUACUGGUAUGUCUGUCGACGACAAAACGCCGGAGCCUGCUAUACGCAGUGGAGAGGACUACAACACCAUCUUUGAUGAGCAGUCAUACUUGAAAGCAUACUAUGAUGGCGUAGGGGGACAUCCCGAUGAGCCGGAGUUUAUGCCUUUCGUUAUUAACACCCUGCAUACCAUAUUCAAUUCAGGUCAGAUUAAGGGUUCUCGUCUGCUGGAUAUUGGUAGCGGCCCUUGCAUCCACAACGUCAUAAGUGCAUCUAAGUGGUUUGACGAAAUCACAUUCACGGACUUUUCCGAUGUUAACCGAAGAGCACUGAAGAAAUGGUGGCAGAACGAAGAUGCAGCUUGGAACUGGAAGCCGUUCUUCAAAUAUGUUGCUAAACUAGAAGGGAACGCAGAUAAUUGGGAAGAAGACCAGAAGACUUUCCGGAAGAAAAUUAAAGAUGUUCUUCACUGUGAUAUCAAUAAAAUGAAUCCAAUCUACCCCAACCAAUCUGAUCAUUUCGACGCUGUGACGAGCUCCUUGUGUAUAGAAGCAAGCUGCGCAGACGUCCACGCCUACGAACAAGCAGUCAAGAAUGUCGUGUCUUUGUUGAAAGCUAAGGGUCACUUCUUGUUGGUAGGCGUUCUUGGCGAAUCCUAUUAUGAUGUAGGUGGAGAGAAAUUUUUCUGUUUGCCAUUGACGAAAGAUGAGGUAACGGGAGCUCUAGAGAAAGCAGGACUUGAAAACAUUGCCUGGUAUCCUUAUGAUACUAAAAGUGCUGACACGGUGUCUGAUUUUGCUGGUUGUUUCAUCGCUACAGCAACCAAAAAAGAAGAUGUGUAAACUUUUGUUGACUCAUUCGUGCUCUUUGAGAAAUCUUUUAUAUAACUUUGCGCCGCCAUUCCGUUAGCAUCAGACUCAUAAUAUUGAACUUUGGCCCAGAUUUCUUGGGUGAGGCGAAGAGGGGGUACAAUAUUAGACCACAUUCCCAUACCCAGAACGAUCUAGAGCGGGAUCGGUCCAUCUCCGAGUAGAUUCUUGCUAAAUCGCUUUCAGCUUAAAAUGUUGUUUGUUUCUUGGAAAUCAUCUAGAACAAAUAAUUUACGUUACAUUAAGAGCAGUACGUAUAAUCAAAAACAAUCCCACAAAAAAGAACAAUAACAACGAGGAUAAUGAUGACAAAGACAGUUUUUGCUUUACUGUAAGAAUCAUGUAAAAUGAUUAGUAAAUGAACCUAAAAACCACAGGAAAAGAGUACAGUACCACAUUAUUCUUCUGUGAUGUCCCUUUCCUUUCCAUUUUCGGUUAAGUGAUUUUAACGAAUUUAAUAAAAGUGCCAUAUGUACCCC